CUCGACCAAUAAAAAUCACGAGUCAAAGGUUAUCGGUGUCCUCCUUUCACGUUUGUAUGCGUUACAGCUGGUUUAGAAAAUUAAGCACGUCUCAAAAUGGGCAAAAUAAACGGUGGUCCCGUUGUGGAAAUGCAGGGAGAUGAAAUGACCAGGGUGAUUUGGGACUUGAUUAAGCAGAAGCUGAUCCUGCCUUUUGUUGAACUUGAGUUGCACACCUAUGACCUUGGCAUUGAGAACCGAGACGCGACAGAUGACCAAGUUACUAUUGAUGCAGCAAAUGCCAUCAAGAAGUAUAAUGUUGGGAUUAAGUGUGCCACAAUCACUCCUGAUGAAAAGAGAGUUGAAGAGUUCAGUCUUAAGAAGAUGUGGAAGUCUCCCAAUGGAACAAUCAGGAAUAUUCUGCGAGGAACCGUGUUCCGUGAGGCCAUCAUCUGUAAAAACAUCCCCAAAUUGGUUCCAGGCUGGACGAAGAGUAUCAUUAUUGGUCGUCACGCAUAUGGGGAUCAGUACAAGGCAACAGACUUUGUAGUUCCUGGAGCGGGUAAACUGGAGAUCAAGUUCACUCCAGACAAUGGUGGUGAGCCAAUGGAAUACACCGUGUUCCAGUAUGAGGGAGAAGGGGGCGUAGCCCUCGCUAUGUACAACACUGAUGAGAGUAUCAAAGAGUUUGCUGUUUGUUCAUUCGAGUAUGCUUUGGGGAAAGGCUGGCCUUUGUACCUAAGCACGAAAAACACCAUUCUGAAGAAGUAUGAUGGUCGAUUUAAAGACCUGUUCGAGGAGAUUUAUGUCCGCGAUUACAAGACGAAGUUUGAGGCGCAGAACAUCUGGUACGAGCAUCGUCUGAUUGAUGACAUGGUGGCAUAUGCAAUGAAGUCUGAGGGUGGAUUUGUUUGGGCUUGCAAGAACUAUGAUGGAGACGUGCAGUCUGAUUCCGUAGCUCAAGGAUUUGGCUCUCUGGGCAUGAUGACAAGCGUGCUUAUCUGCCCUGAUGGUAAGACAAUAGAGUCAGAGGCGGCCCAUGGAACUGUGACCCGACACUACCGCAUGCACCAGCAGGGAAAGGAGACAUCCACCAAUCCAAUAGCUUCCAUCUUUGCGUGGACUCGCGGCCUGGCCCACCGUGCCAAACUGGAUAACAACAAGGAGCUAGGACAGUUUGCUGACAGCCUGGAGGCCGUGUGUAUUGAGACAAUCGAGGCGGGAGGGAUGACCAAGGACCUUGCAAUCUGUAUCAAGGGCAUGGCCAGUGUGACUCGGCCUGACUACUUGAACACGUUUGAGUUUCUGGACAAACUAGCCGAGAACCUUGUUAAGAAGAUGGGACAGAGUUGACUAAAUACUGCCCGUCUAUAAUCAGUACAAAUCGGGACCACCUGCCUACCAGAUAAAAGGCCCUUAGACGUUUAACAAAAUCUUCCUGCGUUUUACUAACCUCCAAUCAAAAAUAUAUAAUAGAAAGCUUUAUUCCACACCAUUGUGAUUUUGGCAUACCCUUGACCAGUUGUGAUGCUUUAAAUGUUUGUCUGUCUGUCUGUUUUCUUUAAGUUUGUAAGCAUUCAGUUAUGCAUUUGUAAUCCAUAUCUGUUUGUUAAUGCGAAAAUCUGUUUUUACGUGAUACAAAUUUAUAUAAAAAUAUAAUUAUAUACUUAUUCAGUAUUUAAAACAUGACUUUUGAUACAUUGUUGUACUACACAAUGGUUUCACUUCAGUCUUUGUUCAUAAAUUAUUGUGUGUGAUAUUUAAGCAUAUUGCAAUUUACAAGUCAGUUUUUCCUUAUUGUUAAAUUUUUCAUGUACCUUUUUCUAAACUAUGUCCUUAUAAAUUUUGAUGUUGUUUUUGGAUUUACACAUCGAGAGAUGAAAGUUGAAAGGUCCCAUCUGCUUCUUUAUUUAAUGCCACUUUGGCCUUUUUUGCUUAAUUCCUUGACAUGCACAUGCAUCACUGUUGAUUCAUUACUUUUAUACUUUCAAUUUUAUCUUUUAUAGUUAUUGAAGUCAUGACUGUGAUUAUUUUAGCACUUUUUAGCACUUCUUGUUCAGGUAGAAUAGACCAUGUUUUCCGUUUAAAUAAUUGUUUACCCUGUUUCCUAUAUUUUAUUCUUGUCUGUUUGUCCUUUUUAAUCUGUACAUUUUGUAUCUUAAUUCUUAUAAACAAAGAAAUCUGACCUACAACUAAGCUAUUUUUAUCAAGGCAAAAAAUCUGUGUUCUAUUUUCGAUAAAAUCUUAACAUUUUUUGGUAUGCGCAUAAACACCUUUCGAUUGUAAACAAAUAAUAUGGUGUCAUCAGCCUCAGGCAUUUUAAAUUCACAUAUUUGUGUUUUGAAUACCUUUUAAUAGGUUCACUGUGGCAUUUUCAAUGUUUUACCAGAUGUUUGCUCAUGCUUCGACUUACAUGACAAGUGAUCUCGCUGUACAACGCAUUCUUCAUAAACAUAACAUGUAAUCCAGUGUUCAAAUGAUAAGAUAAAGAGGGAGUAUGUUUACAUAGAGUGUUUGUAUCUACAAAAUGAAUCCAUGUACGUGGUGUAUGGUAAAAGUAAACAGUUUAGUUAUACAUGCAGAAUUAAAUGUUUUUUUUAAAUAAGAGAUCAGUUCAAUUCUUUUAAAGAAAAGUGUGCAUGUUUGUUAAGGUGGAAUAAUUAGCUUUAUAUUUCAGAAAUACAAAAUGUGUCAUAUAUUUUAUUCAUAUUCAGAUCAUUCUCAUCCAACAGAGCAUUAAUGCUAUGCAUACAUUCGAUUUAUCAUUGUCAACCUCUAAGGAAUGAGAAGGGUUCAGAUAGGUUUGUUUCAUUUUUUAACUGGAAAUAAGAUUGUCAGCUUUUUCUUUUAAAUACUUGAUUCAGAUAAAAAACAAUGAUGUCAGCCAAAUCAUGCUUCAGAAUAACCACAAAAAUUUACCAUUCAGUCUCAUUAAAAAGAAUUACUACCGGUUGCAUGCAUUAUCAUACAAGUUAAAGGUAUUAAAUUUCAAGUUCCUAAACCUUUGAGGGCAAUCCCAGUGUGAGAAGUUUUGCUAUGAAUAUAACAAUGUGUAUGACAGCAUAAUUAUUACCAGCGUAUCCUGUAUUGAAUAUGGUUUUGAAUAAAAUUUGGCAUUUAAAUAAA